GCAGCUGUCACGUCAUCACCCCGCGCCUCAAACCUCGCCUGACAUGUAAUCGGUCGUGUUGAUUUUCUCUGAGCUCACGUUUCCGGUGAAAUGUCGGUUUUUCACGACGAAAUCGAGAUCGAGGACUUUGAAUAUGACGAGGACACAGAGACGUUUUAUUUCCCGUGUCCCUGUGGAGACAGAUUCGCCAUCACGAAGGAGGACCUGGAGAACGGAGAGGAGGUGGCAACGUGUCCGAGCUGCUCACUGAUUGUGAAAGUCAUCUAUGAUAAGGACUUGUUCAUGUUGGGAGAGAUCAUCGAAGCUCCGUCGUCUUCAGAGACCAAACUGGAACUGGCUCAGUCCUGAACUCCAUCAACCCCCCCCCCCCCCCCCCCCCCCCCCCCCCCCCACUAACUUCUGAAAACUACAGACUGAUCCUUUAAACACUCUUUAUUUAUGCAGACAGACUGAGUUUGAAACCAGGACUAAAGUUUUGUGUAAAGAUUAUUUUAUGGAGGUUGUUGAUGCUGAUGUGUUCAGGUGCUGCUGGGAAACAUCAGAUUCUUCACUGUCACUUUUUUAGCAGAAGAAACGUGUGAAUAUUUAUAUUAUACUUUUCAUAACGUUAGUGUUUGUUUGUUGUGUGUUUUCUGAGGGUUUUAAUAAACUGAUUAAAAAACAAAUUUGAA